GCGCUUCCAGCGCCGGGGUCGCCUAGCCACGCAAUGGCCGGCAAUCGGGGUCCCGCCGAGGACCAGCUGAAGCAAUGGCAGGAUCAGCGGGGCUUCCAGAAACCGGAUGCCUUGACCACUGGAGCUGGGAUCUCAGUAGGUGAUAAACUUAACAUCAUGACAGUUGGGCCAAGGGGCCCUCUUCUUGUUCAGGAUGUUGUUUUCACUGAUGAGAUGGCUCAUUUUGACAGAGAGAGGAUUCCUGAGAGAGUUGUGCAUGCCAAAGGAGCAGGAGCUUUUGGCUAUUUUGAAGUGACUCAUGAUAUCACCAAAUAUUGUAAGGCGAAGGUAUUUGAGCACAUUGGAAAAAGAACGCCAAUAGCUAUUCGAUUCUCCACUGUUGCUGGGGAGUCUGGUUCAGCUGACACAGUUCGUGACCCUCGAGGCUUUGCCAUGAAAUUCUACACAGAAGAAGGUAUCUGGGAUCUUGUUGGCAACAACACUCCCAUCUUCUUUAUCCGGGAUGCCAUGCUGUUUCCAUCCUUUAUACAUACCCAAAAGAGGAACCCUCAGACUCACCUGAAGGAUCCAGACAUGAUGUGGGACUUCUGGAGCCUUCGCCCUGAAUCUCUGCACCAGGUAUCUUUCUUGUUCAGUGAUCGUGGUAUUCCAGAUGGACACCGCCAUAUGAAUGGAUACGGAUCCCAUACUUUUAAACUGAUUAAUGCAAAUGGCAAAGCUGUUUACUGCAAAUUUCAUGCAAAGACUGAUCAGGGCAUCAAAAACCUUUCUGUCGAAGAAUCAGGAAGAUUGGCUUCCACUGAUCCUGACUAUGCAAUACGUGACCUUUACAACGCCAUUGCCAGUGGAAAUAGUCCAUCCUGGACUUUUUAUAUCCAGGUUAUGACGUUUGAAGAAGCUGAGAAAUUCCCAUUUAAUCCUUUUGAUCUAACUAAGGUUUGGCCUCAUAAAGACCAUCCUCUAAUUCCUGUGGGCAAACUUGUCUUGAACAGGAAUCCUGUCAAUUAUUUUGCUGAGAUAGAACAAAUAGCCUUUGAUCCAAGCAACAUGCCACCAGGUAUCGAACCUAGCCCUGAUAAAAUGUUACAGGGUCGUCUUUUCUCAUAUCCUGAUACUCACCGACACCGUUUAGGACCCAACUACCUACAAAUACCUGUGAAUUGUCCCUACAGGGCUCGUGUGGCCAACUAUCAGAGAGAUGGACCUAUGUGUGUGUCUGACAACCAAGGUGGUGCCCCAAAUUAUUACCCAAACAGUUUUGCUGGCCCUGAAGAUCAGCCCAAUUGGAAAGAGAGCCGCAUGUCUGUUUCAGGUGAUGUGCAGCGCUUCAAUAGUGCAAAUGAGGAUAAUGUGUCUCAGGUGAGAGUGUUCUAUACCAAAGUGCUGAAAGAAGAUGAACGCCAAAGACUGUGUGAGAACAUUGCUAGCCAUCUUAAAGAUGCUCAGCUUUUCAUCCAGAAGAAAGCUGUGAAAAACUUCACUGAUGUCCAUCCUGAGUAUGGUGCCCAUAUUCAAGCUCUGCUGGACAAGUACAAUGGUGAAGCUGGCAAACAGGAUGUGAUUAGAACAUAUACACAAUCUACACCUCAUGUGUCUUCAAAGGAAAAAUCUAACCUGUAAACUGUGUGCUACGUGCAGUUGGUCCAUCCAUGGAUUUUACAUCCACCUACCUGGAGAAUAAGCUGUCAAAGACAUGAACGGAUGUCCGCACAAGAUAGAAACGUCUUUCAGGCUUGAUGCAGUAAUGAAAAGUGGCUAUUCUUAUAUCUGCAAUAGAAAUUGAUUGACUCUAAUAACCUAUUGCCUUCUAACACCAGUGCUCCAGCCCUUUAAUGAUUUUAUGCAGAUACUUACGUCUAAAAAAGAUUUUUGUGUAGUUUUGGAAAUUAAUCUCAAUACUUAAAUGAGAAAAAUGUGUUUUCAAGUAGUUUGGGGGUAAAGAACCUAAUUUCUGGAUAAAUUACUGAAAACAACUUACACUGUGAUUUUUUUUUUUUUUUUUCAACAUAGGUGAACUAUUGUGGAGUUCAUAUUGAUAGAAUGUAACUUGAUUUUCAAAAUUAAAUUGCCCAGUAUGUGUGAUGUGAUCAUUCUAGUUGGAAGCAAUGUAAACAGCAAGAAGUAAAGGAAUCUAUACAUGUGCAGUA